UCUGUAUCUUGGACUACCUAAAAGUCAAAUCAGGGACAAAAUUUUAGUCAAUUCAGUAACUCGAUUUUUAUUUAAAUUAUGAAUAAUAUGGUGACAAAAUGUUGUAAAAUUGUCUGUGCAAAGUAUUGAUAGUAUCAGUGAGCCGCUAAGGCGCUUUCUUUGGUUAUAAUAAAUUUAAAUCUCUCAGUAUUCUCAUAGCCACCUUGCAGUGUUUAGUGGUUUUCAAUUUUGAAAUGAUAUUUUUGUACUAAUAACAUAAAUAUGAGAUAUAAUAAACAAGAAUUGGCUGCAUUGGCAUCUCAGACAUCUCAGAAUUUCGAUCGGGAAGGCGUAUUGGUACUUAAGGAGAGACAGGAUGGGUUUUUCAGAAGAUCAGAGGGUUGCUCAGUCCGGUGGUUCCGUCUCCGAGGUAACCUGCUGUUCUAUUUGAAAGGACCAGAACCAUGGUACGAGCCCAUGGGAGUCAUUGUACUAGGACAUCAUCAGAUCAAAGUACAGCCUCAAGACGAAAAUGGACAUUGGCCCUUUCAGAUCACUUGGGACAACGGCGUCUGCUACAAAAUGGCCACAUUCCACGAAUCAGAGCGCACAUUGUGGCUGAAGGCGAUCGAGUUGGCGCCCUACGAUAAUGUUCAAGCACAAGCCAACGCGCUGAGGGAAAGACUGAAUAAAAUCAGGCCCAAUUUAGAUAUAGCUACUUAUAGACUGCAGAAAGGAAUUGUGACUGAUAUGAACGAAGUGCCGCUGUGUGAGUUGGCACUCUCUUGCGACAAUCUCCUAUGUGACACGCACGGCCGACCGCCCUCGCCUCUCGUCGUUAUCUACGUGAAGAACGAUAAAGGACUCUGCAUUAAAUAUGGAGCUACUGAGAUUGUUGAGACAUGCAGUAACCCGUGCUUCUCGAAGACGAUACUGUUUCGAGCCAGUGACGGCCUGACGGGAUCUGCGUUGGUGCGCAUAGUGGUGUACGAUGUCAAGGAGCGGGUCUCUGAGACUAUCGUGCCUAUGGGGUACACUUCUAUGCUGCUUAGCACUAUACAGGAGGCGCAAAGACUACGAGUGGCGCUCAUCACACGUGACCAAAAGACAGUCGGCUUCGUUACUAUUAACGGAUGGAGUCUAGAACCUUCCUACAUUGGCACUAGUCCAAGCCACACGAACGAUAGAAACUGUGUAGACAUACCUCACAAAGUACUCUGCCACCGACGUUCACAGUCGCUUCCACCUAGACUCGGGUUAAAGCUAAAGUUCCCUUCGUACGGCAGUCUUCUCAAGCAGAACUUUGUCAAUAGUCACCAAGUCACGUACAGGUUCCACUCGGGCCUUGGCGGCGAUAUCACGGUACACGAAAUCAUGGCUGAACCAAAAUUGUGUUUUACAAUGCCGAUACAAUUGCUAGAUAUAUACAUUCAGAGGGAAAAAGAGUUGUUAGACGAACUUCUCUCAGUAGGAGAGAUCUGCGGUCAAUGGCAGACGCGGCAACUGGACCUGGUCAGCACACACGUAUCAGUACUGAAGCACUACUGUCACUCGCGACGGUCUAUGCUUAAUAUGGAGAACCAGCACUUCAAAGCCAGCAGCAGGAAGGAAGAUCCGAGCCUGGAAUUCGCCCCCAUCAACCUGCACUUGCAACGCAUGUGGGUUCACAACGACACGCUGAACAAGACCGGCUUCCACGAUAUCGUCACCGUCGGAGCGUUCGCCACUCACACGCAUAAAGCUGAACGCACCGGAGGAUUGAUCAGGCUAGUACAACAAGUGAAGGAUAUAAACAGCACUAAGGCGGAGAUGAACUCCAUCACGAACAAGAUACAGGCUGAGUACGAUAACUUGGUGGCGGUGAGGAGACUCCGCGAGGGCAUCUCCGAAGAUAUGGAGAAGAUACUGAUGCUGAUGCAGGCCCAGCAGUAUGGAGCCAUCACUGCGGUUGUAGAUGGUAUAAGAAGCAAAACGAAGAGCAUAUUAGCGCAGUGGGAACCGGCUGUGGUCGAGGAGUCACUAUCUUAUAUCGGCUGGCCAAAGAACAGUAGCCCUAAUGAAGGCGUUACAAACCACGAGACACAACAGACAAUGUCAACAAUAAUGCGGUUAACAGAACAACUGAGCAUGUUCGACGCGAACUCAGACUGCGACACGUUCGACGCCUCAUCCAGUUCAAGUUCAAAGGAAACCUCCCCUACUGGGGAAACACCCACCCUUUCCUCAAGCGUACCAAACAUAUCUAACUACCCAAAAAAGAAGGUUGCAGAAACAGAAUUACAAUUCCACAAUGACUAUUUCAAGAAUGAAAUUGAGGAAAGGGAUAGAGGUGGACUGAACCAUUCCUUUCGAUCUGUGAGGUUGUCCAAACCGAAGAUAGAUGGCCAGAGUCUGUCGUUUGAUUACACUAAGCGACAUGGCAGCUUGAGACAUGAUUUCAAGAGCUCCGCGUCGCUUGAACAAGUUUCGUACAGAAGUUUAGUCGAUAGCCUAAGGAAUGAUAAGAAAAAGGCGAUAGAAUUACGGCGAGAGUCGGCAACGUUACCUGCAGUCGGCCAGCUGGACCAAGCGACCCGAGACAACAACCUGGCGUUCCUAAGAAAUGUUGGUAUCAUGGUGGAAGACUCCCUUACGUGUCUGGUGGAAGAACUGAACAGGGUUGUGAUUAACAAUGAUUCGUCGGAUGAAGAUUUGGAGAGGAUAAGGGGUUUGAUGGAUGGUGUCAGGAGCAGUGGGGAUGAUGCAGCGAGGUGGAUGCGACUGGCUCAUGCGGCGUUCCGGCUUAGAUGCGAAUCCCCGCAUUGGGCUCGCGAACACGCUGCUCUACAAACAAGGAGGGAUACUUGCUUCUCUCAAGCGUUGUCAACAGUAACGGCGGGUCUGCUGUGCUGGUUGUGUUCGAUGCCUGGAGACAUCGUCGCUAAGAUAAUCAGCUCUGGCUUAGGUCCGCUAUGCGGGUUCGAAGGUUUACUGAGCCUGUAUUCAACUGAGAAGGCGAUGUGGGGCGACAUGGUGGUAGCCGUUGAAGAUCUUCAGACAGUCGUGUUUACCCUCACUAAAGUUGGCCAUAGUAAUUCAUCAGUGCCCCACGUCUCUGGCACCCGAGGAGCUCUCACCGUCUACAUUCCUAUUUCUGAUUCCCUUUAUACCAAAUUUACUUCCAAAGAGCAUCUAUCGUUCACGAUAACAGCAGUGUUCUUCAACAUCGGUGUCAAUGAGAAGGCGACGUUAGCUGAAGCACUAGGAGAGACGACGCCGCAGUACCAUUCCAAUAGUGAUAACUUGGACAGGUUGAACAAAUACUACCAUAAAUACAGCAAGGUAUUCCCUACAGAUCACAUGGCGGCUAGUAGAGCAUCGUCCAGAACCAAGCCCCUCGAAGAAGUAAUGGAGACACUGCGGAUAUGCGUGCACAAGAAGGUUCCGAAAAACGUAGAAGUUCUACACUUGGCUGCUUUAGCAACUAGACUUAUGAAUGGUAUAAGAUUCACAUCUUGCAAGAGUGCUAAGGAUAGGACAGGUAUGUCAGUGACGCUGGAACAAUGCUCCAUACUGGCUUCCGAGUACCAUCUCGCUGAACAUGAGAUGAAAAAAGCGCUAAGCAUUAUGAGAAGUGAGGGCUGUCGCAGAGAGAAUACACAGAAAAAUAUAGGCAUCAGAAAGUAUGCGUUCACGAAGAAACAAGUGAUGGCGCUACCAGCCGACUACAGACCGCCACCCGGCACCUACGGCUCUACACAAACGUAAAUAUACAAACGAUAACAAACUCUAUCCAAUGGUAAGAGAAUCUAAAAUGUUCAUAUCAUUUUGUUUCGUUGUUUAGCCGUAAUCUUUUGUAAAUAUGAACUCUGGAUAAAAUAUCAUUAUUGGUAUUGGCGAGGUAAGAUUUGCUAUAGAGAUUUCGUAAAAAGCAUUGAUGUUUGUAUCUAAAGCGGUUUCACAGAUACGGUAAUAUAAAAUAAAUUAUACAUUCAUAUAUGUCAGUAGUUCUACAAUAACCAUUCUUAAACAAGGUUAUACAUAAUAGUAUUCAAUUUCUUCCAAUAUGUUUUGUUUCGUGUUUGGAUAUAAACGUCGUUUUUCUAAUUGUAAUAAAUAUUAAUUUACAGUCCACUAUAAUGUACUUAAUUUUGUGACAACAGUGUUCCAAGACUAACUGCCACGCUCAGAGACAUUUAAUGAUUACUUAAACUAUUCCUUAGUAAUUAUUUUGUAUUGAAAACAAUUGCUAAGGACUGGGUCAAUUAAUCAUUGAAUGUCUCUGAGUGCGGCAAACAAAAUAUUUGUUUGACAUUUACGGGUACAUACUUUUUCAAUACAGAAGUUUACUUAUCUAUAGCUAAUGAAAAUAAACACUUACCGUACUUAAUGUUCGAAUCACCGUACUUAAUGAUUGAAUUGUACCAAUAAUCGACUAAAAAUCGUUUAUAUAAUUUUAAUCCUAGUCAACAUCGACUUAAAUCGAAAUCGAAACGAUAAGGAUUGAUUUUUCAGACUGUAUAUAUAUUAAAUUUAUUUUUAGUUGUACUUAUAUUCGUUGGGAAACGCUAGUGCUUAUAGAAAAAUAGUACUUAUUGAAAAAAUGUACUGAUAUUCAUGAAAUCUCGUCAUUUGUGUACCUAAACUGGAUAAUGUUAUUUAUUUAUUACAUUGAAAUAUACAAGACGCAAGAUUAUUCGUUUUAAACGUAAUUUUGUUAGUGGGACGCUAGAUUGUAUCUUGGUUUUGAAGUAUAGAAUUAAUUCAGAUUUUUAUCGUAUAUGUAUAUAGAGAUGUUUUUAUUGCGUCUUUUGACGUCAUAGUAUUCUUUAAAAGCUAAACUUAUGUAUAGUUAUAGCUUGCAAUGUCUUUCCGAUUCUGCUUUUGUUUGGUCUAAAGUGUUUAAAAGUUUCUUAAAAUGUUAUUGUUUUUAGAAAAAAACUUUAAAUUUUAAAUGUUAACCAAUCCAGUUACCGAUUACUGACUUGGAAAAUGACGUACACAUAAAUUCUGUGAAAAACGCAUUGAUCUUCUAAAAUUUAUAGGAACAUUUAUGAAAAUACUGCAAAAGCCAAAUUAUACUUACUUAAUAUUCAUAAUUAUUCUCUAAAAAGUUAUUCAAAAAGAUAAAAAGUACAAUAAUUUCAAUGAAUACAUCGAAAAUGUAUCAAUAAAUUACCAUUAUUUAGACCAAAAUUCUUCCAACGUAGUUGCCAAGUCGAUUAAGUACUUAAAAUAGUAACAAUAAAGACUAUUUUUCAUUGUUAUACACUUAAAUGAGGUAAUGCAAUAUAAUGUUUUGUAAUAGCUCUUAAAUAAAAUACUGUACUUUGACUAGAAGGUAAGUAAGUAUAAAUGGUUUGUUUUUUUUUUUAAUAUUUUGCAUACUUUCUAUUACAUGGGUCCUAUAAGUCCCUAUCUAUAACAUAACUGGUGAAAAGUAGUAGUUACAAUGCAUUGUACAUGUGCAAUUGUGCAUUGUGUCCUUUGUAUAUGAAGAAUUUAUGAAUAACUAACUUCUGCCAGUGGCAGAGUAGGAUGAAAAGUAUCUUAUGUCUCGUUCCAAACCAUAAUCUACUCCUAAUCCAGUAUUCAAUCCCGGCCCCUUUAGCCGUUUUGACGUGAUUGUGUCAUUAGACAUACACAUAAAUUUUCGUAUUUAUAAUAUUAGUAAGUUGAACACCAUUGUUAUUCAUUUAGGGGAUUAAAAGACGUGAGGUUAUGUUACACUGGUUUGGUAAUUACAAUUAUUGUGGGAAGCCUAUAUUCAGUUCAGCUCAGUGCAGUUGACGUUAUGUGGCUUAUACAAUGAUGAUAAAGUAUGCAGUUUUAUAUUGAUCAAAAUUAAAAUGGAUUGUAAGUCCAGUGGAUUGUAAGUUGUUGACUGUGUAAAUACCUUUAUGUACCAAUAAAGGUAUUUACACAGUUGUAAAGGUGUUUACACACAGUACAACAAAUGAUGAAAUAUGUAAAAUAAAACGCGUAAAUAUACGUUUUACGAUUACGAUACUCUAGCUUCCUACCUACUCGCCUUCUAGUCACCAAUCAAAUCUAAAUAGAAAUAAAUAAACAUAUAAUAAAAAAGGAAUAAUAAAUCAAAUAUUUAGUCCUUAAGCUUCAAAAUAUAUCACUAUAAACACAUCUAUGGGAUCUUACUUUAAUUCUAAACAACACACAGCUUUAUUCAGCACAAACUAAAGUUCAGAAUUAAUUGCAGUGUUGUCCUAGAGUUAAAGUAAGCUCUUAAUGAAUCCAAUACUUAGAUUAGUAACAACAGUAUUGAAAAUAAAACUAUACUUCCGUAAAAAUAGUGCCAAAAUAUACUUAUAUACAUAGUACAGUACCCAUAUACAAUUUGUAAAAUUAUUAUUAUUACAAAGUAAUAAUAGGUUUUUCCAUUUAAUAUUCUAAUACUUAUAUCCGAUAUUUAGACCGAGGUUUAUAUGAAGUUGUGAUGAUACUAUAUCUUGUACGAUUCCUAAUACUUACCUUAUUAUACUUAUUACGUAUAUUUACGAAAAUAAAUUGAUGACGUCAAUUAAUUUUCGUGCAAAGCGAAAGCGUGUAGGUUUUAGAAUUACUUUAAACUCUUUUUUCUCAUAUUCUAUUACGUAUAGUAAAAUUUUUAUGACAUAGUAUACUGGAAAUACGAUUUUUUAAGAUCGCUGGGGACAACAAAUGAAUGAACAUUGAUCUUUAAUACUAAUAUGUUAAAAUAUGUAUUGCAAUGAUUUAUAUAAUAUAAUACAUCGCGCUUGCUUCUGUGAUCUCAAUAAGCCAAAUAAUUGUAAAAUCUGUAAUUUUUAUAACAAAUGUUAUUUUGUCUAUUGACUACUAAUAUUAAUUAAAAAGAAACGAAAUUCAUAGACGUCGUCGUGCGUCAAAUCCGCAGAUGUGUGCUCGUUCACACAUCUGCGCACGCACGGACUUGACUAGAACAUUACAAAUUAUAUAUUUACAGAUUGUAAAAAUAUCUCAGUGACUCUCGCACGGAAUGCCUGAAGAUGAAAUAUGUUCUUGAAAUGUAUAUUAAGGAAUAUCAAUACUGCCAUUUAAAUUAAUAAGCAAUAGUUUAUUGUCUGCCUUUAAUCGCCACUAGUGCCAUCUGGUGUGUGCAAAAACAUUAAUUGUCAAUGCUGCUUCAUUUGUUUUGUCUCCAGUGUAAAUAAAGACGGUUCAGUAACUUAUAUUAUAUUUCCGAUAAAUAAUAACCACAUACAAAUUAAGUAAAAACUUUUUUCAUGAUAAUCUCGUGUAACUCACAUAUACUCUGAAAUCAGUAUUUAUAGGUACUAUAAAAUAUGGAUUGAUGCCAAACAAGUCUUUCUGGCUUAUACAAAUUAGAUUAUGACAAUUCCAUGCUUUUACAAUAAUUAAUCUUUCCUUUUAAUCCAAUGUGGAUACAUGAGUAGCGAAUACUUUAGUGUCCUGUUUAUGGGCACAGAUAUUAAAGGAAACAAUUAAAUAAUCAUUAAAUAUACAAAGCAGUUACCUUUACUCGCUCUUAAUUAAUAAUUUUAAUAUUAAAUGUCUUUAUUAUAUCUAAAGCUCUGAUCUAGAAAGCAUACUUAUAACGUUCUUUAUUUAUCACUCGGUGUUAUUUAUGCAAAACCGUACUAACACUACUGGAAAGAGUAAGUGUACACGAUUCGUAAUUUGGUAUAAUAAUUAUGAAUUUUAAAUUGAUAUUUUUUUAUAUUUCGAAGCAAAGUUUAAUAUUUAUGUAAGUAUUUAAAAAAAAAAUGACAUCCCAACUUAUGUAAACAAAAAUGAAAAACUCGAAUGUACGACUUGUUCAUUUUUGGUGAUUGUACUAUUAAAGUCGAAAAGUUGCGUUCAUGUCAAAUUGAUUUUAGAACUCUCUGACUAGAAACUAGUAGAACUUUUCUCCAUUAAUUUACGCGAGUAAACCUUGAUUUUUAGUUAAUUUAGUAUGUCUCACGAUAGUUAUUAUAAAAAUAUUUUAGAAUGACUUGUUUAUUCCUAACUAUUAUAGUUCUGUUAUCCUAACUAUUAUAUUAUUCCUAACUAUUAUAGUUCUAUUAUUGUUCUGCGCUGAUCACCCAUAUUGUCUCAUAAAGUUGUGUAAAGAUUGAACUAAGAAAGUAUGCUUUAUAGAUAAAGCCUAAUAAGUGAUGUUUGUAAUAUAAAAUAACUUUGUAUAUCCAAGUAUGUAUUAAACUAGUACUAACUAGUGAAGAUAGUAAACUACAUAUACGAUGUCUAUAUUUAUUACUAUAACGUGUAAGUCACGCACGCUAGAUUUAAAUGACUUGUAAAUAUAUAAACUUUGUUGAUUUAUCUUUGAAAUACUAGUGUAUUGAAACUAAAACUUCAUUGUGAAUAAAAAAUAAUAUUUUUCUUUUUAAAUUUUUGCAAUAAAGUGGUAUAGCUAUUUGUAAAUCAGUUUCUAUUUAACGUAUCUUCAGCACAUUGUUGUAGCUUGUUUUCUUUAACUUUUUUUUUAAUUGUACGCACAUUUCAAAUGUUAUAUUCUUAAUUAUAAUUAACUAGUUAUAUCUCAUAUCUUUUAGUCUUCCUUUGCAAUAGGUAACAGGAAUUUGUGAUAAAUAUUCAAUAGUACAAUUAAUAUAUCGUAAUUAUUGUACUAUUGAUAUAUAGCAAUUGUACUAGAGUAUAAUUGAAUAUUUUAACAAGUGCAACAAGAGUUACGGCUCCGGAGACAAAAACCUCCUCACGAUGUUGGUACUUAUUAUUAUUGAUCUUUAUUUAUGAAAGUAACUAAGAAAUGAAACGUUAGCUACGAUAUCCCAAGUAUUUCAACGAUAAAAUAACAAAAAAUAAUAUAAAUUAAUAUUUAUUAAAGUAAAUCGUUACCCUACACAGUAUUACACUUAUUUUGCAAAUUCUCGGUAAUUUACGUUAAAUUAAAAAUCAAUCGAGUGUGGACAAAAGACAAAGUAACCUUAAUCCAACGAAAUAAGCUCUAAAACUGAAACGGUUGAUUGUAAAAGUAGUUUAGUAUAUAAAGAUUGCGAAUAUAAUUAUGUGUUAGGAUGUUUAAAAGCUUCUAUGUGUUGUAUUGUUCGUAAAAUUGAUUGGUGUAAAGCAUUUUAUGGUUAAGUUUGGUAUAUGAGUCUCAAUAUGUGCGAUUUAUAUUAAUUUGUUUAGUCAACUUUAUUAUUAAGUGGAAAUGUAUAGCGGAACAAUUGUUUUAUUGCUUUAAAGCAAUAUUAGAGCAUUUUAAAGCUUUCCGUUGAAUAAAUACAAUGGUAUUUUCUAAACGGUCCGUUCAAUGAACAUAAUCGAAUCGAUGUUGCUCCGCGAUACUAAAAAUAUCCGUAGAUAUACCUUUUUGAGGUUUUAAUGUAUUUCAAAAUGCUUUGUAAUAAUCUACUUAUAAGGGGUAUUUGGAACGUCUAUGCUAAUCCACUCGAGUCACUAUAUUGUGUUUUCUAUUAUUUUGUCUUAUAUACAAGAGGUUAAAGGAGCAACAUUUUCUGUGGUAUGACCCCUUGGACUCUGUAUCUAUCUUUCAAAUACCCUGUGUAUAAUAGAUAUCAUUCCUUCGUAGGUCCUUGUGACAGAAAUGUUUUAUCAUUUAUGAUUUCUGUCCUAUUUUUAUAGCUAUUAAUAUUUAUUGACUCCAGAUAUUGUUUAGGUACUAACACCUACUACCUACACCUACACCAACAGUGACUGAGUUGAAGGUGAAUGCAUUAAAUUCAUUUUUGUUCGUAAAUAUUUGUAAUAUAUGUAUAUUAUUAUUAUUAUACAUUUGGAUAUUAUUAUAAUAUCAAUUAUUACAUCCUUGUUAAUUAGAUUUUGCUAUUUUUUUGUUUAUGACAUUGCGUGUUAAGGCGGGACCAAUCUGCUUGCGCGGGAAAACACAUAUUCGAAAAUAUUCUAGAAUACAAAACCGUUUAGACGCCAUAUUGAAUUUGUGCUAUACUUUCGAAUAAUUCUUCAUUUAUUUAAGGUUGUCUUUGUGUGUUUGCAAUUGUAGGGGUAACAAAUAAUUAUUUAUAAUUUAUACAAUUUGUAUACUUUUUUCUUUCUACACCAAUUUAGGUGGUAAACGUAAUAUUUACUUAAAUAUUGUUAUACAAUUUUCAUAACGUACUUAAUUGUUCUGUAAGUACCUCAUUUUUUUUUUCUUUUUCUACAUAUUUAAGUUUCAAGUGGGUUACGCAUAUGUGCCAUUCAGAGAUUUGAGAUUUUGUGGUACAAAUGAUGUUUUUUAUUGUUAUAAACUGUUUUAAUUUAUUUAGGGUGUUGAUUAUAGAAUUUCAAGGUGAUUUGUAAUAGAAGUUUAAGUAAAAUUAUUGAAGAGAGACCCUGAAAUCCUAUUUUCAAGGAGUUCUGUGUUUCUAAUUUGACGGUUUAUAGCUAGGAUGAUGGUGAUUGCUUGAAGUUAAUCAAUUAUGUAUAAACAUCGACAAUUCAUUGAAAUUGAAAGUAAGAUUAUAAACUGUACUUAGGUCGAUAUAAAUGUUUUGAAAUAAGGGUUUCAUAAAUACGUGCGUGUCCGCCUUCAGUCUUUAUCUCAAAACAAAUUAAAUCUAAUCAGUAACCGUUUUGAGUUACAACAAACGCAAAUGGAUAUAUGUAAUAGUGCUAUUUGGUGCAAUCAGAUGUAGUUUUGCCUGUAUGUGUUUAAAUACAUUUCACAUCGAUCUUGGCCUAAGUAUAGUAUCUAAAUGAAAUUAAAAAGAUAUGCCAAUAUGAUUCCGUUUUCGUAUGAAUUGUAAAAAUAUGUAUAAAAUGGUAAGCGUCCACAGGACGCAUCGCAUGAAAAGCAUUUUUGUUUGUCUUUUAUAGGAACUCAUACAACUACGUCCACUGAUUUGCAGCGUACGCACCGCAUCAUUAGCAUUGCCUACAUGCGAUGCGUACCAAUGACAUCAUACGGAAUGCGAACGAUGCGUGCGAUGCGUACGAUGCGGGCUUUAGACGCUUACCUAAAAGAUUCUUAUUUCUGUAAUCUUCCUAGCUAUCCACUAUCAAUACUAUAUUUAAGUUUACACUCCGCUAAGAUUGUCUUCCCAUAUAAAUGGCUUUAUUUAAUUUGUUUAAAGUAUACAUAAUGUUAUUUGUCAAGUGUUCUAUACAUCACUUGUUCACGCGAACAUUACUGAGCAGAAUCGCUUUACACAUAUGUUUAGUAGCAACUGGCGGACGAAAAGGCACGAACAUAGAAGUUCAUUCAGUCCAUUUAUUAAAACGUAUGAAAACAAAUAUUCUAUAAUAUCUUUAAAAAUAGUAAUUAUGACCUCUUUUUUACGAUACUUCGUAUAAGCCAGCCGCUAUUUAAAGAUACAUGUAUCCAUAGUCACUUGUAAUUUGAUGUAUUCCUCUUUAGGUGAUAAUACAACUAAUUUCCUAUGCUAAUUUCAGACCAGGGCUAAUUUUGUAGGAAAUUUCUUGUAUUCUCGAGAGGAAUACGGUGCAUUAUAAGUCAACUUGUAUAUUGAAUACAAAAAUAUUAUUGGUUAUACAUGAUCUGUUUAAUUUUGUAAAGCGAUGUGUGAAUGUAAAGUUCGCGCUACGGUUUGUAAGAGAUCUGUCGUUAAUUGUUCAUUCUUAUUUCGGGAUUAGGCUGUGAAUCUGUAUGUGAAUCAAGUGAUUACUAAUAAGUAAUAAAUUAUUAUGUUGCUUU